CCUCUCUCGGCCUUUUCACCACCAUGCUGAGCCGCGCGGUUGCCGCCACUCAUGGGGGAGUGGUUGUGCACGACAAUUACACCGAUGACUCGUCAGCCUCAAGGUCCCCCGGGAGGCGGCCACACCGCUUCAGUCGCUAUCGGCCAUUCAAGGGCUUCAGGUAAGCAGAUGGAUGCAUGGCUUCACACGCGAAAUGCACGGGUUUUCUUCGUUUCCGCUGGGCAUUCAUGCAGGUCCCGACGAGUGAUCCAGAUGAUAGGCAAGGACGACUCGCCGGUGAGUCGGUCGCCGUCCAUGGCCCAGUCGGAAGCGGCGGGGGGCGAUGGGCAGCCCUACACACACACCACCCAGUUCAACCUUGGAGUGGGGGCAUUCAUCAUGCUGAAUGCCGGUCAACUGCAGACAGACAGACAGACAGACAGGAAUCAGCGAGAGAGAGAGAGAGAUGGCAAUUCUGUACAGAUGCCCGUGUUGUUUUGGUUUGCAGUGUACAUCGGUGUCGAGACGGGUGGGCCUGCCUGGUGCGAACCGCCAUGUAUGUGUCUCACAUGUGUGUGUCUCAUGUGUGUGUUGGGUGCAUGAAGACAAUCGUAACGACGCCGAUCCUGAGCCAGUGUGGCAGGUCUUCGAGGUGACUGAGCUACAUGAUGGACAACAAGAUUAUCCCAUUGAUGCAUUCAUUGCGUGCAGAUCAUCUUCAUGUGCGUCUUCACCAUUGAGCUCAUUCUCCGCUUCACCACUGACGGAAUCCGCUACUUCAACGGUCGGUCAGUCACGACUCACAACACCAGCAAAGCAACUUUCUCCCUCUGUGUCUGCGCCUCUGUGUGUGUGCAUGACAGACCGGUGGAAUCACCUUGAUUUCGUGUUGGUAGUGCUGAACAUUGUGGACACGCUCAUUCUGGGUCUGUUGAUGGGCGGCUCGACCAACCUGCGUGUGCUGAGCAUACUGCGAAUACUGCGGAUGCUCCGGCUCGUCAGGCUCGUCAGACUCCUUCGCGUCUUCAAGGAACUCUGUACGUGUCUGUGAAGAGCGGCUUGACGUGCUGAGAGACAUGUCUCUUUUUGUGUGUUUGUGUCAGGGCUGAUUGUGAAUGGCAUGCUGCAGUCGACAAGGACGCUCGGAUGGUCAGCCGCCUAGAGGGGAGGGAGAGAGAUACAUGAAGAUAUGUACUUGUCUGUUUGUCUGUCCUUCGAUCGAUCAGGGUUGCGAUGCUGCUGUCCCUCGUCAUCUACAUGUAUGUGGGCGCACGCCCUUACAUAUCAAAAAGCUUCUUUGCCAACUGUCUAUCGGUGGGUCUGUGCAGUUCUGGGGUGUUCAUCACGAUUCAAGUGGGCAAGAACUCGACUUAUGAUGACAACUUUGAGGAGGGCAAGAAGAAGGCAUACUUUGGAACAGGUAGACCAACAGGGAAGCUGACCGUGAAAUGUCCGCACUCUGCGUGUCUUGUUUCCUCUGCUGUAUCUCCAGUGGCCAAGUCCAUGUACACGCUCUUCCAAAGUGAGUAGGCAGACAGUGGUGCAUGUAGGCCAGCGUCGGUCCCCACUAUCCCUUUCUUACAUUUUGUGUGAAAUGGCAGUUUUGACGCUCGAGGCAUGGAACAUGGAGUUUGCGGUCAGCCUGCUCAUCCCAUAAUCAUUUCCCCUUGCGGUGUGACCUCUUGGCUGUUGGCUGUCUGUUUGCCUUGCAGCGUCCCCUUGUGCGCACGACGCCCUACCUGUUGUUUUUCUUCCUGCUCUAUCUGAUGCUCACCACAUUCGGACUGCUCAAUCUGGUCGUCGGUGCAAUCGUCGAGGUCAGCCAGUCACGCGCCACAACACCCGAAUGCCGGCAGACAGACAGACAGACAGACAGACAGAGAGGUCAUCUGCACUUGUUUUGGUGUUUGGUAUGCGUCACAAUGCAUCAACCAGAACACCCUUGGGGCGACGAGACAGGAGCAGGAGAAGGCCAUCAAGCGUGCAAUGCACGAGGAGAAACGAGUGCUAGGUCAGUCGGAUACAGCAGAGCAGACAAAACAUACUUGAAUGUGUGUGUGUGUGUGUCGAUCGGCUCGGCAGCGUCGUUGCGUCAGGUGUUUGAGGAGGCAGACGAGGACGGUGGUGGCACGCUCACACAAGACGAGUUCAUGGAAGUCUUAUCGGUCAGUCAGUCAGCCAGCCAAUUCUGAAUGGCAGCCGGCACACACCCACCAAGUUGUGCGUGCAUGUGCCUGAAUGACUGAGAUCAGAAGCCAGAGGUGACUCAGCGGUUUGAGAUGGCGGGGUUCCCCACCCAGAAUCUCAACCAUCUGUUCGGCAUCCUCGACGAAGACGGAUCAGGUGCGUCGUGUAUGUCCGUAUAUUUUCGUGUAUGUUUGUCGCGUGCAUUCUGCAUCCAUCUGUUCGGCAUCCUCGACGAAGACGGAUCAGGUGCGUCGUGUAUGUCCGUAUAUUUUCGUGUAUGUUUGUCGCGUGCAUUCUGCAGGCGAUUUGACGAUUGACGAGUUCAUCAACGGCUGCAUGAAAAUGAAAGUGGGCUGAGGAAAAGAGGAAAAGAAAAUGAUGAGGGAAUCUUCUUGUUAAUGAUUGUGGAUUCAUUUGGUGAUCAGGAGAUAUCCAAGAGCAGAGACAUGCUGGAUCUGUACAUCAAGGUAAGCAAACAAGCGGUGCCUUUCAUUCAUGCGCGUCACGUCAUCAGCCCCCCAUGUGUGUCUAUCUCCCUGUCUGUCUGUCUGUCUGUCUGUCUGUCUGCAGGCCAGGGCCACAUCGACUUCCCUUACCAAGAUAGAGACACAAGAGGCGGUUGGCACAGCAUCUCUCACUCUCACUCCCACAUCCCCACGUAUGUUAUGCGCACAUUCUGUACGUAUCCAUCCCAGACCCUCACCGGCGGCUACGAGCAGCUCAAGCGAGACAUGGAUGACGUCAUCAGAGAGCUCUCCUCGUCAGCUCGGCCAGCAUACAGAAGACGCACCGUAGCCGACGCCAACCCCAACGCCCCUCCGCCCGACCUCCACACAUCCUCUCCCAACAUUGACGCCAUGUCAGAUCCCCAAUCCCUCCCACGGUCGCCCAAGAGCCGGCAGAGCAGAAGGGCCUCUCGUGAAUGCAGCCCCGAGAAGUCUUUGCUGCCUGGCCAUCCAGUCAGAAGGCGGUCUCGGUCACCGAUGAGCCAGGAGAGACCCGUCAGCCCCAAAGCCAAGAGCAGGGACGGCAGCCUCGGAAGAAGCGACCCCUUCAUGCUGGGACUGCGGUCGCCACCUGUGUCUCGCGAACGGCUAAUGCCGCCCAUACCGUCCCGCUUCGGCAUCCCGAUGCCUUCCUCCCCGGCUGAGUACCCUUUUGCACUCGACCCCCGCCCCACCACGAGCCCAAACGAGGUUGCCCGCUCGGCUGCCUACGUUUUCCGUCCCUCCGGCCCCAACAGCGGCCUGGAGCCGGUGGAUGCCAUCUCACCGCCAAUGGCCCCCCCUCAGCCACACGCGGGUCUUACCCAUCCACUCGGCUUCAACAGAAGGGAGCGACACUUUGUGAGCCCGGCGAGGGAGGCGGGAUUGGCGCCAUCUCCACACUACAUGCAGAACGGCAGACGCGGGUCCACCUGGCGGCGACAGACCAACCUUGGUAUGCUCUUCGCCGCCCCUCCCCUGCCCGGCGCAGUGGUCCGUCGGUCUGUGCUGUACUCGACAGAUGAAGACGAGAAGGAAGAGAAGCAGCAGGCGUCGGGGACGCAGCGCAAGAACGUGAAUGGUUCGACGUCGGGCGGUGAGCUGGGUAGCUCGCCGGACACAUCGGGUGACGAGGGAGUGAGGCGUGAGAGACGGCAGAGAGAGGGACCGCCUGAGCUGCGACUGCCGCUGCCCAACAAGAGGGGAGGAGACACUUUGGAUAAAGGACAACCAUGAGUCUGACCGACGUCUUUCUGUGUGUGCCCUUUUCUGACUGCUGUAGCACUCACCUGUUUCGGUUGGUAGAAGGGAGGAGUCAGGGUCGUAGCCUCCAUAGAUGGGUGGAUCGGGGCGUUUUGACCGAUUUGUCAGGCAGAUUUGUGCAUAGAUGGAUGGCACACGUCGGUCUGUCACACGGCGGCCAUGCUAUUCAGCCAGAGGUUGGGUAGUUGAAGAGUCCACACGAUAGACACACAUACAUUUUGUGUCUGCGUGCCACCAGGCACCAGCCACGCAGAUCGACAUUCGCUGGGUGUACAUAGAGGGGCAUCGAGGGACU